UAUUUAUUGUUCAAAAGUUGAGAUUUGAUGGUGCAUUUACAUGUAUAUACCUGCAUAUUUAUGGAAUUUGAUUUGAUAACACUGUGAAAUUAUUUUUUCUAAAAGAUGAUGACUGCUUGUUCAUGGAAAAGAAUUUGACAUGGAACCUUACAAACAUAUAAACCCUUGGACAUUAAAUUCUCAAUAAAAGGAACCAUGAAAUGGCUGCUACAGGACUUGUGAGGGGAACAGGAAUGUUUACACACUUCAAAAAAGGAAUUAAAUUUAAAUGAGUCUUGUUGGUGAACAGUGUUCCACUAUGGAUGGCAAGACUCUUGCCCUACCCUCUCCAUCAGUGGUCACAUCAAACCGUGUCGGCUUGGUGCGGAGGACAAGUAUGGAAACAUACAUGGUGCGUAUUUAUCCGGAUCCUUUGAUAACGGAGUGUGAUUUUACAUCCAUAGAGGCUGAAAAAUGUACAACUGCAUCGGAAAUUGUUAAAGUAGCUGUGAAAAAACUACAGCUUGGAAAUCCAGAAAAAUAUGAACUUGCUGAGGUUCUCUCCUCAGGGGGACAACUCUGUAAGGAGAGGCGGCUAGAGCCCACGGAAAAUCCAGUGCGAAUAAAGUUACUGUGGCCCAAAAUGGCUGGGAGUAAUGUUCCUGCAUAUAAAUUUUUCCUUAGGAAAAAAGAUCAUGAAAGCAUAAAUCGAACCUCAUCUUGGCGAGAAAUAUCUACUGAUUCGAGUCGUGUGGAUUCUUUUCUUAUGACAUUCCUCAAACAGCCUACCAAUAAUAAGGAAUAUCCCGAUUUGUGCAACCUGCCAGAUUUAAAUGAGAUGACACUGUUGGAAAACAUCAAAAACCGUUUUGAACAUGCACAUAUUUACACAUAUGUAGGAUCAAUUCUUAUAGCAGUGAACCCUUUUAAAUUUUUUCCCAUUUACAAUCCCAAAUAUGUGAAAAUGUACCAGAACAGAAGACUAGGGGAGCUACCCCCUCAUAUCUUUGCAAUUGCAGAUGCUGCCUUUUAUACUAUGCUCCGUAAAAAGAAAAAUCAGUGUAUUGUGAUUUCAGGAGAAUCAGGGUCCGGGAAAACAGAGAGCACAAACCUUCUUCUGCAUCAUCUUACUGCACUGAGUCAGAAAGGUUCACAUGGCAGUGGGGUGGAACAAACAAUUUUGGGAGCGGGACCUGUGUUAGAGGCCUUUGGGAAUGCCAAAACUGUCCAUAAUAACAAUUCCAGUAGGUUUGGAAAAUUUAUCCAAGUCAAUUACAAGGAAAAUGGAAUGGUACAUGGUGCAAUUGUGGAGAAGUAUUUACUUGAGAAAUCCAGGAUUGUUUCACAAGCCAAAAAUGAAAGGAAUUACCAUGUCUUUUAUUAUCUAUUGGCUGGGGCUGAUGAUCAGGAGAAAGAAGCUCUACACCUGUGUAAACCAGAAGAAUACCAUUAUCUCAGACAGAGUGGCUGUUAUACAUUGGAGGGGGAGGAUGAAGUUCACGAAUUCGCUCGUCUCAAACAGUCCAUGGAAAUGGUGGGCUUCUCCGUCAUCACACAGAAAAGGAUAUUUUCUGUCAUGUCUGCAGUGUUGCUAUUGGGAAAUGUGGAGUUCAAAAAAAAAGGGGACCAGCAUCAUGAUGAAAGUGUUACCAUAAAAAAUCUGGAUGUUGUACAAACCGUAUCAAGUAUUCUGAAGGUAAAAGAGAAGACACUAGUGGAGGCCCUAACACAGAAGCGAGCCACUGCUGGGGACGAGACCGUAGUCAUGAACUACAGAAUGCACGACGCCAUUGCCACUCGUGAUGCCAUGGCGAAAUGUUUGUAUGGAGCACUAUUUGAUUGGAUUGUUCUGAAAGUGAACCAAGCUUUACUAGCUAAGAGACACAACAGUGAUCAUCAGGGAAACUCCAUAGGUGUUCUGGAUAUCUUUGGAUUUGAAGAUUUUAGCAAAAAUAGCUUUGAACAGUUUUGCAUUAAUUAUGCAAAUGAACAUCUACAGUAUUAUUUCAAUCAACACAUAUUCAAGUUUGAACAAGAGGAAUACAAGAAGGAGGGGAUUCAGUGGAAGAACAUAGAGUUUAUAGAUAACACUGGCUGUCUGGAGCUCUUCUCACGCCGACCUGACGGGCUGUUCUGUCUGCUGGACGAAGAGUGCAAUUUUCCUGGUGCUACAAAUGAAACUUUACUUUCCAAGUUCAACCACCAUCACAAAGGCAAAACAUACUACCAAGUGCCAAAUGUCAGGGAGGAGUCCUUUGCUAUUCUUCAUUAUGCUGGCAAAGUCAAAUAUCUAAUCAAGGAUUUUCGAGAGAAGAAUGUGGACCAGGUAAGGCCAGACAUAGUUAGUGUACUGAAGAGCAGCAAUCUGGCUUUCCUCAGGGAACUGACGGGUUUGGACCCAGUAGCGGUGCUUCGAUGGUCUAUCAUCAAAACUCUAGUCAAGAGUGUGUUUGCUUUCAUAGCAGCUGGACGGAGCUACAGGAAUAAUGGGGGAGUAAAGAAAGAUGUUCAAAAGCAGAACAGAAAGAAUUCUUUUGACUUUAAUCUGGUGGCAGGAGAGAACCUGUUGAAUAGUCAACACAAGCGAGGGCAUCCGCCGUACUCUCCUCUUCACAUCCUCCUAGACAUGGACGACAGCGGACUUCCUGAUGAUGACAGUGUAUUCCUUAACUUAGACUUACAGCGCAGUCCCAGUGAGGUCCACAUGUCUGAUGAGGAAAUUAGGAUUUACAGAAAGGCCAAUCAUGUUAUAUUGAAAAACAAGUCAUUCCGGCCAAAACCAAGACCUCCAACAAUGCUGAGGGACAUUAAAACUCUGAAAGCUAUUGCUAGUCGUACUAUGACUAAUAGACUCACCUCCAAGAAACAGCCAGCUAGUGUCAGUGCCCAGUUUCAGUGGUCUCUGUCCAAACUAAUGACAACAUUACAACAGGCCAACCCAUUUUUCAUCCGAUGUAUCAAGUCUAAUGCUGACAAGCUGCCCUGUACUUUUGAUGACGUAUUAGUGCUGAGACAACUGAGGUACACCGGGAUGUUGGCUACAGUCAAAAUCCGACAAUCAGGCUACAACUACAGGCUCACGUUUGAGGAGUUCAUUCAGCUUUAUAAGAUCAUUCUUCCUAAGGGUUCCUUGAGUUCAAAAGAAGAUGUUGCUGAGUUUUUAGAAUCCAAGAACCUUGAUAAAGAUAACUUCCAGAUUGGUAUUACAAAGGUGUUCCUUCGGGAGUCAGAAAAGAUCUUCCUUGAUGAGGCUUUGCAUUCUGCCAUUAUGUUGCGAGUAGUCCGUAUUCAGCGCUGGUUUAAAACUAUCCUGGAAAGAAGACACUUUGUGGCUUUAAGAAGUAGUACACUAGUUAUACAGGCUAUAAUUAGGAUGUACCUUGCCAAGCAGCGUAAACUAAGGCUAAAGCGACAACUGCGAGCGGUUGUUACCAUUCAGCGAUUCAUGCGGGGCUGGAGAGCGAGGCGACAUUACCUGAUUACAGUCAAUGCUGUUAUCCUUAUACAGAGCUGGUACAAGGGAUGGAGGAUUCGCAGACAAUACAGAAGUCAAAUUGAGGAGGCCUUGGAGAGAAGAAGGGAAGAAGAGAGGCGACAGAAACAAGCGGACACGACGAGUGACGAGGGUGUACUCAGUACGGAGGAGCUGGAUCAGCUGCCAACAGAGAGCAGGCGUCACUCAGAGAGCAGCGGGAUCCAUGAGGUCGAGGAUUCUGAGUCCGACACGGUGGACUCCAAGAUAAAGGAAAAGUCCAUCUCUUACGCGAGUCCUGUCAACCCCCCAACUAUUGUUUUGGUACAGCCCACCAUCAAACAUCCAGAUGAUGAAUUCCUUAACCAAGCUCGGUCCACCUCUAGAGUUUCAAGUCUUGCCAAGUCUUUCCAGGACACUGUAAGAGAGGGCACCAGUCAUAAAACUAUAUAUUUAGAAAGAGGGCCCCAUAAACAAAGAACCAGGUCGUUUCCUGCCCCACUGGCCAAACAAGAAUCCUUCUCGGAUUUGGAACCUUCUACCCCCUCCCCCACCCUGCUGUCCCCCACCAGACUUAAAACACUGGAGGAGACCCUGGGGAAACGCCGGGAGGAGCAUGGAGAAACCCCACCCUCACCUCUCGGUGAUUUCUCAGCUGCCCAUAAAAGUCCAUUCAGGAAAGCUCGGCGCCACUUCAAGAACUUUGUAGGAGAAGCGACGAGCUGUAUGCCACCAAUCGGAUCUAGGUCAUCGUCCUUCCGAUUCCUGCGCCACAGGAGCAGUAAAAGACAGGUCAAAAAAGAUGAAGACAGUGACGAAGAAACAGCUCCAAUCCAGCUGCAGAAACCAAAACGACCCCAUAAAUUGGGUGUCCAGGUAUUACCUACAGAAGUCCCCACCACCCAGCCUUCCCCUGCCUCCCCCACGGAUGUUAAGUCUGCUGAUGAUCAGCGCUCCUCCACGGAAGAUCUGCCACGUAAAGGACGGAAGAAGCCGCGACAGAAACAGCAGCUGGACAAGAAGCGGUCAGAAUCUCCGGCUCGGGGGAACUGGAAGGUGGAGGGAACGUCUGAGUGGCAGUACCCCGCAGAUCUUGUCAUCACAGAAUUCUCAGAGUUUGCCAACCUGGAUAUAUUCAUUUACAAAAAGUUGAAAGAUUACACCAAAGUUAUUAAGAAAGAGACAAUCUUUGAUAAGGUAUUCAAAAGAUCAUUAAAUGCCUUCCACAAGGAGAUGCAGGCAACCAUAUCUGUAGAAAAACAGAAAGGAGAAAUUCAUCUGCCCUACAGGAAUCUCCUGACUAAGUUUGCUGUGACUCUGGAGGCAGAGGUGAAGCUGGAGAGGACCAAUGCUUCAUUUCCAGUCACAAUGGGAGUCAACGCGUUCCGGGGAUUCCUGGAUGAGUUCAUCAAACAUCACAAGAAAGAGAAGAAGAAACCGGACAAGAAAGUGGAAAACAAAAAUCAAAAACCAGAAAAAGCAAAGAAGGAUAUAUAUGUGAGUGCUUGGCAUAAGUAUAUAAUGACAACAGUCUCACCCAUUCACUGUUUUUGCUCCAACAUUAUAUGGAUUGGAAAAAGUAAGUCUGUGUUUCUAGUUUGUAGAUAUACGUGCCAUAAGAGAUGUGUAAACAAGUCAACAAGCCAUUGUAAAGGUUCAACAAAUAUAGAUUUUUUAUGAUUUCAGGCUCCUCUCCCGGUCAAACGACCUUUAUCCCCCAAACCUCCGCGUCCACACUUACUGUUUGAACCAUUCCGACCCCGGGUCGAGUCACUGGACCACGCCAGACCAACUGUCCUGGCUCUUAUUGUCCAGCUCAAAAAUAUGGCUCAGAAUCCUGGGUCCAAAGUUUAUGGUGUUCCACUAGCUAGUCUAGUUUCUGAUGUGCAUAAAAUCCCCGUUAUAGUGGAAAGAUUAAUAAAUGCCAUAGAAACCCAUGGAAUGUAUACUGUUGGUGUCUAUCGCAAGUCUGGUGCUAAUGCCAAGGUCAAACAACUCAAACAAAACAUUGACAGUGGCAAAGAAGAUUUGACUGCGAUAGACAUUGAAGAGUAUCCUAUUCAUGUAUUAACAACAAUGCUCAAAUAUUUCUUCCGUGAACUGCCAGAACCAUUAUUGACCUUUGAACUCUACGAUGAUUUUCUGAGAACUUCAGAAAUUCAGGAUGAGAAGGAGAGAUUACAAGCUAUUUAUGCCGUCAUCGAGAAACUCCCUAAACCAAACCAUGAUCUGUUUGAAAGACUCAUUUUCCAUUUAGCAAGAAUAGCCAAUAAUGAACCUCUAAACAAAAUGUCAGCUAAUGGUUUAGCUAUUAUAUUUGCUCCUGCCUUACUCAGAACCAACAAAAAACUACAAGCUCAAGAUUCCCUCAACCAAGUGCCAAGACAAACUGCUGUGAUAAAACAAAUAAUAACAGAACAACUCUUCAAGAUGAAGGAAACGUUCAAUGACCUUAGUACGCUAGAGACAGCUGAGGUGACCGCUGCUGAUCGGCUUCAUGUUGUUCGCCUCAGUAUGAGGGCUAGGAGCCCUGUACACCCCCCUCCCACCUUACCUGAGCCUGAGGUGAUCACUGAGGAGGCAGCAGUCCCUGAGGUGAUGGAUGUAGAGGAGGCAGAAGAGGAGGAAAAGGCAUUGUGUUCACACAUAAGGUCCAUACAGAAGGAAAGGGAAAAUCUCACUACCAAUCUGCCUGCUUUGGAAUGUCGGCACUUAAGUUCUGAUGAUGAUGGUUUGAGUACGGAUGGCAUGGACAGUAUAUAUGAUACUGCUGAUGAAGAGGAGAAUGAAGAAUAUGCAUUAACCUUUGACCUGCCAGUAAGUCCACCCUCACAACUUCAGCACCUUACAAAGAGAAGAGUAGCCCACAAUCCUUGUAAACGACCCCCCAAACGAUACCGACCCCUCCUGGACAAGCGUGGGGAUCAGUGUCUCUCUUGCAGCAGUGACGAUUUCAGUGACCCUCUAGAAAGCACAGUGAAUGAUUCUGUGACCUCGGACAGUUCGGAGGGACCAGCAGUGCUUCCUAUUGCUCACACGCGUGAACCCUCAUGGGAGUCCAGUUCUGUCUCCAUUCCGGCCCUACAUAAUAUUUGUGAGGAUGAGGAUGAAAUCAUGGUCUAGUAUUGGAGAACCCAGCCAUUCCACAUUUGCCAUUAUGCCAUGUCUAAAUCAUGUGUCAUCCAUUUUUACAGUGACUCAUAUCAGUUGUGGAAAACCAUUCCAAGUCAUCAUGAGUAUUCAUAUUCUACCUCAUUUGUAAAUAUAAGACAAGAAUGCAAUGACAUACCACAUAGUCAUUUUUUUAAAAGUGGGAUGGCUAGGGUUUGAGAGCUGUUUGCAGUGCUGCUUUUUGUUAAAAUUUUAGUUUUAUGAUUUUUUUUUUAAGAUGAUGAAAGGAAAUGCAUUAUAGACUUUAUUAAGUGCCUAGAUAAAUCAAUGGUUCACGAUAUAUAUAUAUAUAUAUUUAUUUUCAAUCUUAAGUGUGCUUUAUGAUAUUGUAAAUUGACUUUAAUAUGCAAUUUAAUUUUUGCCAAAAUUUAACUUGUGUAUUUUUCAAGUGCAAUAAUAGGUAGUAUAGCGCUUUUGAAUGCAUGGACAAAGUACAGACAUGAAUUUUACUGAGUGAGCAUGUAUUCAAUAUAUGAAGUGUAGGUUUAUGCGCUUAUUGCAUACAAACUAGUCUAGUCAUGCAGUACAGAAUUGUAUGGUGACAAACUUUACUCGAAGAAUUGUUUAUCCUGUUCUUAUAAUGCCAGUUGGAUCUGAGAUGUAGUCCUUGUAAAUAUUCACUGUACCAUGUAAUUUUGUCUUUCAACAUUAUAUUUUGCUGCUGUUAGAACAAGAUGAUUUAAUGCUAUAGUUGUCCAGCUCCUGAUUAGUCUGGGAUUGUGGCAUACAUAGUUUGUCAGUUUAUGUCUUUGCAUCUACAGUUACUGUUGCAUUACUGAGCAUUCUAUUUUUCAGAGGAGCAAAUGAUAUUAAAAUAGCCAUGUUUCUGUUAUUAACAUGGACACUGAUAUUAUAUGACACAAUAAAACCCUCUCUUGCUUGAAUUAGUUUCAUACUUUGCUAGGAAUGUGCUAGUGUUACAGCUGAUCAUUAGUGGUUAUAAAUUGUUGUUCUUUUACGGUACUGGUCACAAAUAAUUUUAGUAAUUUUGAAUGGAUUUAAGGAAUCCAUAGAGUUCUUCCUAUGUACGCAAAGUAUGAAUGUGUACAAAUAUAGCUAAAUUAUUGUUAUUUUACAGCAAUUGACCACCAAAAUAUGUUCAAUUUUCAUUCUAACAUUUCUUUUUGCAUAGUUUAAUCUUUAAAACAGGGCCUUCAUCACUGUAUGAACAUAUUGCUCUUUCUUAUCAGCCUCACAGUGUCAUAGAUCUUAUUUAUAACUAUUGUUUACAUUUACUUAGUCAUCAUUUCAAAAGAGUAUCAUCAAAAAACAAAACAUUCAUACUGAUACAUUACAGUAUUAGUAUUCUAAUAUUAUAAUGAAAGGUGCUAUGCUAGAAACAUUUUGUAUAGAGCAUUUUUAACAUCUGGCUAGACCUCAACUCUUAACAUCAGUUAUAUCAUUUUCAUGGAGAAAGAACAUAAAAAUUGAAUUCACUUUGACACACUCUUCAUUUUAUUUUAAGGAUAGUAUGUUUUCCCCACUUCUUAAAUGGAAUUAAUGAUUUUUUAGAAUAUUUUUUAUGCCUCUGUUGAUUUUCUAAAGGCUACAAAAUGGUGAUGCUAGCAAACUGUUCAGUAUUGUACUUUUUUGGUAUGGGAAAGAUUUGCUAAAUACAGUUUUAAACAAAAGGACUGGAUAAGAAAAGGUCAGACAACAAAGUCUGAAUAGUGUCUUGUUAAUCAUAAAGAUGCUCAAUAUGUUUUUUUUUUCUCCAAGCUCUGUAACACAUUCCUAACAGUAGCUAUCUUUCUAUUGAAACUUUAAAUUUAUUAUUUUUAUAAGCAAGCAAAUAGCUGCAUUUUUUAAAAUCAUUGAACAAUGGCUGUAUUUUUUAUCAGUGUUGAACAAACAGGAAAAAGUUCAGAAUCAAAGAGAAAAUGUCUGAACAAAAUGUAAAUGUGUUAAAAACUGGUCAUCAAUAUAUCUGUUCUGUGAAUUAAGGAUUUAUCUUGUUCAAUAUCAUUUGCUCAUUAUUCAUUUAAUAUUUGAUGCGAGAUAUAUAUCAUGUGAUAUUGGAGGACCAUUCCAUUUAUUCACUUAUCAAUAAAGGGUAUUAACUGCACUGUAUAUGAUGUUUGAAUGGGAACAAUUAAAGUGCAUUAAAGAAAACAA